AUGAAUGCAAGAUCGAGUCGUAAACGAACGUCGAAUAUCGAUGCUCACAAUAGUCGAAUAACAAAACGACGAACCGUAAGGAACGAUUUAAAUGUGUUCAAUGGUGACAUAGACAGUGAAAGCCGAAGUUCUGAUGGAUUUCAUAUUGAAAAGAAAUCUAUUCCGAAAGAGUUAUUGGAUGAUGUGUUGGCAAUUUAUGCGGAAAUCAGAACUGGUUAUAGAAAACUGAUUAAAACAGAGGGCUUGGUGAAAUCGAAAAUAAGACCACUGAAUUUAAAACCACCCCAUGAACAGCCGACGAUAUUUUCUAUUCGGUCGGUCACAAACGCAGUGCUGCAGACAUGCCCAACGAAAUGUUUAGAACAUGUUAUGGCAACACCUCGAAUGCAAUAUUGGACUCUUACUGAAAGUAAUAUAAUGUGCGAAGAUGAACGUACCUUAUCUCAUAUACCAUUUCUGGGUGAUAAUGAGGAUGACGCAGGUUUCUGUGAAGAACUUUUAAAAACAUUUGAAGAGGGAAUACAUGGUACAAGAGAAGGUUGUGGCGAAUUUAUCAAUGAUUUUAUGCUUUAUCAUUUGUUAAAAAGAUUGAUGAAGAAACGUAGUGAAGACCCUGAUAUGAUCUAUCGUGCUGUUUAUGAACGAUUCCCCAACAAGGCUUCAGUGGAGCAUUUGCCUUUUUUAUAUGCUGAUUUACGACGAAAAUAUAGUUUUGAAGAUACGAAGGGUGAAGAACUAUUAACUGAAGAUUACAUGGACGCUCGAGCUUUGCACUCAUUCCAACUGCUACUCUGUAAUCGCUGCUUCACUUAUGAUUGUCUGCUUCAUGGUGUCAAUUCUGGUGAAAGUGAAUCUCAUCGCCAACGAAGUACAACAAAUGUGGAAGCCUGUGGUCCAAGCUGCUUUAAACAUUCUGUUAAAGAAAUGGAAGAAGCUCGACGACGUGCUACAGUUUCGCCAAGUGCAAAAACAGUCGAUGCAAUAUUAAACGUAAAAACAGAAAGCGAUACAUGGAGCCCUCGGCAGGAAACAAUGUUCGCAGUAUUAAGGCGAACGUUCAAAAAUGAUUUUUGCAAAAUUGCUGAAAUGAUGAACGUAGCAAUCCCUGGAAGUAUACCAAAAACUUGUAAAGAGUUGUAUGCUUAUUCUUUCCGAACGGCACCUAUUUCGCCAAGAGCUGAUACAUCUCCUAAUUCGCCCAAAAAGAAAAGAACUACAAGGGAUCAACAUCGUACUUUCCGAGCUGUCAAAUGGUCUAAGACUGAAGGCAAAGUUGGGAAUACUCAUGUUUAUGAACCUUGCUCACAUUCAGGUCUAUGUACAAUCGAAAAUGAAUGUUCUUGUGUACGUGUUGAUAACCUAUGCACUAAGUUUUGUCGAUGUGGUGAUCAAUGCCGCUAUAGAUUCCCAGGUUGCCGAUGUGCGCCAGGUCUUUGUCGCACAAAGCAAUGUCAGUGUUUUUAUGCUAACUGGGAAUGCGAUCCAGAUACCUGCAAAUCUUGUAAAUGCGAUGUUCUUGAUGAUCCAACUGUCGUAACCUGCAAAAAUGUUGCAAUGCAACGUGGCCUUCAAAAAAAGCUGGUUAUUGCACCUUCUCAGGUUGCUGGAUGGGGUUGUUUUACCGAAGAAGACAUUGAGAAGAAUGAUUUUAUAUCUGAAUAUUGCGGCGAAGUGAUUUCUCAUGACGAAAGCGAGCGACGAGGAAAAAUAUAUGAUAAACUGAAAUGUAGCUAUUUAUUCGGUUUAAAUGAUGAAAUGGUCGUUGAUGCAACCCGAAAAGGAAACGUUAUUCGUUUUGCAAAUCAUUCAAAAGAUCCGAACUGUAUGGCUAAGGUAUUUAUGGUUAAUGGAGAUCAUCGUAUUGGUAUAUUCGCUAAAAGACCUAUUAGUACCGGUGAAGAGUUGUUUUUUGAUUAUUCCUAUAAUUCUUAUCAGCAAGUCAAAUUCGUUUCGAAGGAACGACCGAAACCGUCUUAA